AUCUAUCACCAGCGGCAUCGAGUAGCACCAGCAGCACCACGCUUCGUCCCACCAGCUGUCUCUGGCCUUCAGGUGAUCGUUUUUCUGCACGCAUCAACACAGCUGCAGGGGGAUCUCGCUUGCUGGGAUUGCAUCGACACCCAACGAAACAGGGCGGAAGAAAAGUGAAAGCGAGAGACUUAGUUUUGCCCGGGGUGUCAGCAUCAUGCGUCCUAUUCUCCUCUCCGGCCACGAGCGAUCGUUGAACCAGGUCAAGUUCAACAAAGAGGGUGACCUGCUCUUCUCGGCGUCCAAGGACAAGCUCGUCAACGCCUGGUUCUCCCACAAUGGAGAGCGGUUAGGCACGUACGAGGGACACAAUGGCACUGUGUGGAGCCUCGACAUCGACAGCACAUCGACCUUUCUUGUCACCGGGUCCGCAGACAACUCGUGCAAGCUGUGGGAGGUCUCCACGGGCAAGGAGCUCUACUCGUGGGAGUUUCCGACGGCGAUCAAGCGAGUCGCCUGGUCUACCGACGACACGCAGAUCCUGCUGAUCUCCGAGGCGCGCUCCGGCUAUCAGGGCGCCAUCCGCGUCUUCAACGUCAACCGCGAGUCGCCGACACAACAGAGCGUCGAGCCGGCGCGCACCAUCACUUUCUACGGGCCCAAGCCGACCGUUGCGGCGUUCGGCCCGCUGGACGAGUACAUCAUCACUGGCCACGAGAACGGUAAAGUCGCCCGCUACUACCACGACAAGCACGAGCCCGAGACCGGCGUCGAUUCGGAGCUCGAGGAGGUCAGCGAGGACGUACACCCCGGCUUCACCAUCUCCGACCUUCAGUUCAGCUCCGACCGGACCUUUUUUGUGACCAGCUCAAAGGACAAAUCGUCCAAGCUGAUUGACACCAAGACACUGCAGGUGCUCAAGACGUACCCGACGGAUACGCCGCUCAACUCGGCCUCCAUCCACCCGUCGCGGCCGUUCGUCAUCGUCGGCGGCGGCCAGGAUGCGAUGAACGUGACGACUACGUCGGCGCGCCAAGGUCGGUUCGAAACACGCUUCUGGCACAAGGUCUUCGAGGAGGAGUGCGCGCGCCUGCCGGGCCACUUUGGCCCUAUCAACACCAUUGCCAUUCACCCGUUCGGCAAGGCGUUCGCGUCCGGCGGAGAGGACGGGUAUGUUCGCGUCAACUGGUUCGACCAAAGCUUUUUCACCCAAAAGCUUUACGGCCCCGAUCUCGAGCUCGCGCCCGAAGAUCAGUAGGCCGCUGGCGCAUACACUACACCUACUUUCUGGUCUGUC